AUACACAGCCCUACAUCUAUUUCUUCCGCUACUCUCUACUCCUGCUGGAAGUGAAGAACUCGUUUCCCCACAGCCCUCGGUUCGUAUGAUACCACGUUUGCGACGUUUAGUCAAGCUAUUUCUCAUCUUACCGCUCUUUUUGCUGGUCUUUCGUCUUGUAUAUACCGGACGGCAGUCGCCAACAGUAGUUUCGAUGGUUGCUGCGCCCACUCCCAAUGAAGUCGCGACCGUGCUUCUAGCUAAGAAGGGCUUGAAGUUGCAGUCGCUGGAAACCAUACAGUCUUUGUGGGCUGGCUACGGCCAAAUUUGUCGCAUCACAGCUACUCCGGAUAGCUCACUGAACUCUUCUACUGACUCUUCACGGUCGGUAUCCGCGGAAAGCUCUAAUGUGUCAACGCCCCAAGAAUCACAAUCUUACAUCCUAAAGCUCAUCACACCUCCGCCGACAAAAGCCGAUGAUGAAGGACACACAAGGAAGAUUCUCAGUUACCAAGUGGAACAAUAUUUUUACAGCCAGCUUGCACCUCAGCUACCGGCCUCCAUACCAGUUGCAUCGUGCUUAGCGAGCAUCAACCAGCAUCAUGCAGACGGCACAUCAACAACGGCCAUGCUCAUGAGCGACUUGAGGCAACACUAUCCCGUCGCAGGAGAAAAGCGUGAUGUGUUAUCACCAAUUCAAGUUAACGCUGCGCUUGAUUGGCUUUCCGGCUUUCAUGGCUUCUGGUGGCCGCACGUCAGGCACAUGAACCGCCAAUCCCUCGUACUACCGCCGCUGGAAGAAGUCCAACGUGGUGGUCACGAUGCCUCUGGAAAGACUGUCUGGAUCAAUGGCGGCUAUACCUACCUCGCAACGCGCCGAGGAGAGUACUCCAAUCUCGCAAAGGACUACGACUCUGAAUGGAACGAACCUCUGACCGAUUGGGUCGAUGGCGAAGACGUCUCCAUCUCUGAAAUAGCAGCUGCAUUUCUCGCGCCCAAGGUGUCUGGCUGGUCGCCUAUUGAUGGUUAUCAAACGCUCAUUCACGGUGAUGUUAAAUCUGAAAAUCUAUUCACUAGUAGAAAUGGCGAACAGUUGGCGUUCUACGACUUCCAGUAUACUGGGCUUGGCUUGGGAGUUUGCGAUCUAGCAAAGCUUUUUACCUGUUCCGUGCCUUUGGAUCUGCUUGUCUCGGGUCAGCCUAUAUCACGCGAACUUAAGAUGCAAGAAGGCGAGAGGCAACUACUAGAAAGGUAUUGGAAGAGGCUAAGAGACGUCGGAAGACAGGAAUACAAAUGGAAUAUAUUCCUACGACAUUGGGAGACUGCACUAGUUGAUUGGCUACGAUUUCAAGCUAGCUGGGGCUUUUGGGGCAACACAGUUUGGCUAGAAUCAAGGGUUCGCAGCAUCUUGAAGGAUCAGGAGUGGAGGGAUGCAUUGAUCAGCAAUGUGAACAAGGCAGACAUAUCACGAUAAGAGUUAGGAAGAUCACGGGGCUAUAUCUGUUGUGAUUUAGAUCCAAGCCUCUCCAUCCUUGUACUCGUCAAGUGCGUUGUCUUCCAGCAAAUCAUCCAGCAGUGCCGCGACCUUCGCGUUGUCCAUGUCCGCGAAUGGGAUAUGUGUGCUCCCCUUCAAUCCUGC